GCUCCGCGAGCACAUCUCCCGCCACCAGGCGCACAUCCGCCCCUCCGCGCCGCUCUUUGACGUGGACGCCGCGCUGUCCUCCUGGACGCUGGACGAGCUGGAGGAGCAAGGCGGUCUGGCGGCCUCGCUGGGCUUCACCUCGCGGCAGCAGUACCACGAGGCGGCGUGCAGCCUGCCGCUGCUGCCGGACAUCCGCACGCCCACACUGGUGCUGCUGGCGGAGGAUGACCCAUUCCUGGGCGCCCAGCCCACCUCCCAGUGCGCCGCCAACCCCUCCACCCUGCUCGCCCUCACGCGGAGGGGCG